UGAGAGUUGAAAAUUCUGGGAAAAGAAGAAAAAGCUUAAAUCUUUCUAAUGGACUUCAAAUUCAGAGCGGUUGAUUAUCAGCCGUCAAACUCUUUUCCUUCAUCGUCGUCGAGCUUCAAUCCAUCACUGUCGGGUGACUCGGGUCAAAUAUUUCGACCUUACCGUAACGUCAUUCUUGGUCGACCCGAGACCGUCGAAUGGGACAAGUUGCAGAUCAGGGAUGAGAUAAUCGCGUCGGAAAUCGCACGUCGGAGGGCGUUGGAAGCCGAGGUGAGGAGGGAGUUGAUGGCCGAACGGGAAAUGGCGGCCCAGCAGAGAUUUAGGGAAACGGGUUUGUCUUACGAGCAAAGCUUUACAAUGCGCCUCGACUCUAGGCUUCCUUUCGUGCCUCACUUGCAUAGCCUGAAGCGCUGGAGGACUGAGGCGUGUUUCAACAUGUUUCCACCGGCGUUGCUGCCACCUCUGGUCGUGUUGCCUCCACCGGUAACAGAAACUUUGGACUCUCAGGUUAAGGAUACGUCGGAGGACAAAAGGAAUAAGCUGAUUAUACUGCCUAAGCCUGAUCCUAAUCGUGUUCUUGGAGCAAAACGGAAACCACCACCUCCAGCAGAAACCAGUGAACUGCGUCAAUUGCUAAUUAGCUCGAAGGUGAAACAAAAUGAUGAGUGGAAGUGUGGCAUUUGUAAGAUCAAUGUCACUAGUGAGAAAACUUUGGCCGAACACCUCGGAGGUAAGAAGCACAAGGCUAAUGAAGCAAGACAAAAAGCUAGGAAGACAGAGGAGAAUUCCGAUCCCAGUACCGAUAUCAUCACAUUGCAAAAGAAACUCAAACAGUCAGAUGAAAUUGGAGGAUAAUGAAAAGAUAAAGAUUGAAAAGGAUGAUUUGCUGAUUAAGAGAGGGGGGGGUGGAAAAGUUUACUGAAGAGAAACCUGCAGAUUCCCUUGAGAUGAAAUGUGCACCAACUGCAAUGGAUGAGAUGGAGAAGACACCAGAACUUAGCAAUGAAAAGACAAAGAAUGAAGAGGAUGAACACUGAUUAAGAGAGAGGAAAAGGCGAAAUGGUUUCCGGAAAAGAAAUCUGCAGAUUUCCUUGAGAAACACGCGCCAACUGCAAUCGAUGAGAUGAAGAAGACACCAUUAGCAAAAAGAUAAAAUUUAAGUUUUGGUGUGAAAUCUGUUCAGUCGGUACGCAUUCUGGGGUGGUAAUGAAAACUCAUAAAACAGGGAAAAAACACACUCGACGACACCUGGAAGUCAGCAAACGUAAUGUAGCUGCCCUCGCUGCUGCCACCAGUGAUACCGUCACUGAGCAGGAAGAUCUAAUGAUGCUCAAAUGCCAAAAGUAUCCGAUGAAGCAAAGCUAAAUUAAUUGUCAAAACCGAAGAGGACAUACUCUUCAACA